AAUUAAAUAAUUAUAAAAAGGAAAGGAAAGAUUCCACAAAAUCCUGUACAACACAGAGUCAUUUACAGCCGUUCAUUAUAGUCCGAGUCAGAACGUCGUGGAGUCGACGUGGCAAGUAAAGCCAAAUCUUGCUCUUCAAUUUACAGCUUGUAAUAGGCAUAAAAACCCCCUUCUUUUUUUCUUUUUUUUUUUCCCUUUAAAUUCGAACCCAACGUAUCCAAAACCACACUUCAUUUUCUUCAUUAAAAAAACCCCUCCCAAACAGAGCCUAAAGAAAACAGAGUGUUUUUGUGUUUCCACAACGAAAAACAGAGCUUCCUCUGUUUCAUGGCCACCCGUGUAAUCCCACCAAAGCUUCUCCGAUCUGUCACCCGUCCCCGAACCUCCGCCACCACCACUGCCCUUCCACCACCCUACUUCACCGCCCACAAACUCCAACCCUCGCCCCAGUUGCCAACACUGCAACGACCUGGAAUUGUUACCAGAUUAGCAACACCAACUGCGUCCUCUGUUUUGAACCUCGACGACCACGAGAAGAUCUUUUCGUCCCUAUCGACGGUGCAGCUGUUGCGGUCUUCGGCGAUUCUGCAAAUGGCGGCGACGGAGCCGGUGGUGGAUUUGGGUUUGUGGGUAAUGAGGUCUCAAUUGAUGGAAAUAAAGGGUGUUCGUGAUGUGUUGUUGAGCACAAUCAAACACUCGUUUUACGAACAUUUUUGUGCCGGUGAGGAUGCUAAAGAGGCUAAAGAGUGUCUUUUAAAUGUCAAUGAAAGUGGGUUGAGAGGGAUGUUGGUUUAUGGGGUUGAACAUACCUGUGACGUUGAUGCUUGUGAUCGGAAUCUCAAUGGGUUUACCAGCACCGUUGACAUCGCCAGUUCGCUACCAAAAUCCUCUACCAGCUAUGUUGUUGUGAAGAUCACUGCAAUUGUCCCUCUUGACCUAUUGGAGAGGGUAAGUGACUUGUUGAGAUGGCAACAGAGAGAUCCAUCUUUCAAUCUUCCAUGGAAGCUCGAUUCCUUCCCGGUUUUCUCCGAAUCGAGCCCUUUAUACCACACAAUGUCAAAACCAGAACCAUUGACACCACAAGAAGAGCAGAACCUCAAACAAGGCCAUGAAAGACUGCUAAAACUAUGCCAAAGAUGUGUUGAAGCCAGUGUACCACUAGUGGUUGAUGCAGAGGAUACACAACUUCAACCUGCGAUCGAUUACUUGACAUACUCGUCUGCGAUCGUUCAUAAGAAUGCUGAUAAUCCGGUUCUGUAUGGUACAAUUCAAGCAUACUUGAAGGAUGCAAAGGACAGGUUGUUGCUGGUGAGCAAAGCUGCAGAAAAAAUGGGUGUUCCAAUUGGGUUUAAACUGGUGAGAGGUGCUUAUAUGUCUAGUGAAACAAAGCUCGCGAAUUCACUAGGGUUCGACUCUCCCAUCCACAAUAGUAUCCAGGAGACUCACGAUUGCUACAACGAUUGUGCUUCUUUCAUGCUCGAUAAGAUUGCUGAUAAUGCAUCAACUGGGGUUAUUCUUGCAACCCAUAAUGUUGAAUCAGGAAAACUGGCUGCGACGAAAGCAAGAGACUUGGGGAUCAAGAGAGGGAACGGGAGGCUUGAAUUUGCGCAAUUGUAUGGAAUGUCAGAUGCACUUUCUUAUGGUUUGAGCAAUGCAGGGUUUCAUGUGAGCAAAUACAUGCCUUAUGGUCCUGUGGAUGUUGUUAUGCCAUACCUUCUAAGAAGAGCUGAAGAGAACAGAGGGAUGUUGUCUAGUUCCAGCCUUGACAGACACCUCAUGAGGAAGGAGUUGGUGAGGAGAAUCAAAGCUGCUGCAUUGCCCAAGUUUGAGAUGCAAGGCUAUCCUCAGCACAGUUUGUAAAUUACUAAAUUGUCCCAAAAUGAGUAUUUGAAAAGAAAAAAAUGAAAAUAAAACUGUAAUUGCAGUGUAUUGCUCAUUUGUUCAAUCUAUAAUACUAGUUUAUGUUUUCCUAGUCA